AUGGAUGAGUCGUCAAAAAUCUCUGCUGCUGAGGAGUAUUUUUACAAGGGCUUUCUGGGUUUACAUGCUCCGAACGACACAACAUCACAUGUGGCUCGAGGACUUGAUAAUUUGGGAAGCAUGAAUUGGCAUAUUGUAAUUUGCUUGGCUCUCGUGUACCUGAUCUGUUACUUCUCACUUUGGAAAGGAAUUGGAAUGAGUGGAAAAGUAGUCUGGUUCACAGCAUUAUUCCCAUACGUUGUAUUGGGUGUACUAUUCAUACGAGGUAUAACAUUGCCAGGAUCGGAGAUGGGCAUCGAGUACUACUUGAAACCAAAUAUCAAAAUGUUAAAGGAACCCUCCGUAUGGCAAGAUGCAGCUACCCAGGUCUUCUUCUCUCUUGGACCAGGUUUUGGUGUUCUAAUGGCUUACUCCUCGUACAACAACUUCAAUAACAACGUUUAUGUGUAAGU